AUGGCGGCUAAUCGUGGCCCGCCAGAACCCGGGAGCAGCAGCACGUUUAGCCUAUCCGUUCCUCGUAUACAGAUUAGACGAUCGUCGAGCGAUACGCAGCUGGACAAGGUGCAGAUCCAGUCCGCCUCGGUGUACAACAUUCACGGACUCAGCGGUUCGCAGCAUUCCCUCAGCGUGCCACCGAUACACAAGGAUGUAGUUGGGUACCGGGGAAGCAACGAGUUUAUCUUGACGGAUGACAAACAGUCGACGAUGGAUCAGAUCAAAUCGAUCGGACCGUGGAUGCGGCGCAAGUGCAAGAACGUUUGCCGCCGAAAGAUUCUCUACAAGCGCGUACCCAUACUGAACUGGCUGCCGAAGUAUACGACUGACGAUGCGGUGGGUGACCUGGUGGCUGGUAUUACCGUUGGUUUGACCGUAAUCCCUCAGGCACUUGCCUACAGUAACAUCGCGGGACUACCGGCUGCUUAUGGUCUUUAUGGUUCGUUCGUCGGUUGCUUCGUGUACAUCCUGCUCGGAUCCUGCAAGGACGUACCGAUGGGACCCACAGCCAUCGCGUCCCUUCUUACCUUUCAAGCGUGCGACGGUGUGUGGCAACGAGCCGUCCUGCUCUGCUUCCUCAGCGGUCUCAUCGAGCUUCUCAUGGGCCUGUUCGGGUUGGGCUUCCUCAUCGACUUCGUGUCCGGUCCGGUCAGCUCCGGGUUCACCUCCGCCGUCUCGCUGAUUAUUCUCAGCUCCCAGGUGAAGGAUCUGCUCGGAAUCGUCGCCAAAGGCAACACCUUCAUCGAACAGUGGUCAUCCAUAAUAGACGACAUCCACAACACGCAACUCGGGGACGCCGUGAUGGGCUUUACCUGUAUCAUCGUGCUGCUGCUGAUGAGACUUCUGCCGCGCAUCAAAUUUGGCCCUCCGGAAGCGUGUGAUCAAAGCGUUAUGCAACGGAUCAUCAACAAAUCGCUGUGGCUCAUCGGAACGGCCCGCAACGCCAUCAUCGUUAUUGUCUGCGGUGGUAUCGGUGCGGCGUUCUACGAGAAUGGAAAGGAACCGUUCCGGAUGAUCGGUGAUGUGCCGAGCGGUCUUCCGAGCGUUCAGGCUCCGCCAUUCUCCGUUCCCGAGGUGGUCAAUGCCACUGGCGCGGUUGUGCAGGAGUACGAAAGCUUCGGAGAUAUGCUGCAAAACUUGGGCUCGAUGUUGAUCGUUAUCCCACUGAUUGCUCUGUUGGAAAAUAUUGCCAUUUGCAAGGCUUUCGCUGAUGGAAAGCCAGUCGAUGCAACCCAGGAACUUAUCGCCAUCGGUGUGUCCAACAUUGCCAACUCCUUCGUCCAGGGAUAUCCCGGUACGGGAGCACUUUCCCGUGGCGCUGUUAACAACGCCAGUGGCGUACGCACCCCCUUCGGUGGACUCUACACCGGCCUUCUGGUGAUCUUCGCGUUGCUCUUCUUCACGCCCUACUUCUUCUACAUCCCUCGGGCGGCACUGGCGGCCAUCAUCAUCGCGGCCGUCAUCUUCAUGAUUGAGGUGCGUGUCGUCAAACCGAUGUGGCGCAGCAAGAAGACGGACCUAAUCCCCGGCCUGGCCACCUUUGUCGCCUGCCUCGCUCUACCGCUGGAGUACGGCAUUCUGGUUGGCAUUGGGUUGAACAUCCUGUUUAUCCUUUACCACGCGGCACGUCCGAAAAUCCACAUGGACCAAGCGGUAACCCCGUGCGGUGUGAAGUAUCUCAUGCUGACGCCCGACCGGUGCCUGAUCUUCCCCUCGGUCGACUACGUGCGCAACCUGAUCAACAAGCACGGCCUCAAAAGCCAGAUCCCGGUGGUGAUCGACUGUACGCACAUCUACGGUGCCGACUUUACCGCGGCCCAGGUUAUCGAUACGCUCAUUAAAGACUUCAAGAGCCGCAACCAGUUGCUGCUGUUCCUGAACCUUAAGCCCUCGGUCGGCAACGUGUUCGAGGGGGCCGAUCUCGAGUAUCGCGUGUUCUACGACUUCGAGCAGCUGGACAAAGCUAUCCGCGAGUGCCGCCGAAAGAGUAUCGGAGCUUGAGAGCUAGGGCUGAACAUUUGCGGUUUGCAGUGGUAACAACGGGAGCGUGAACGAAAGACGAAACGAACCACUACAACAACAGCAGCAAAAGACACAAGUGAUCUGUACAUUUUAGCAUUAAAGACAACCAUUAUACUACCAAAAGCGCCUUCCGCUAUCUGCCGACGGCGACCGAGAUGGCAGCUAAAGUAUCUGCACGUGAGCAUGUUCCUGUCGAAUGUGACGUUUUGGGAGACCAUACUGGAAUUGGUCCACUGGAAGCCAGGCCCCAUCGUCACGUGCCUGUAUGUGUGUGUGAUUUUUGUACGAAGAAUAGUCGAGUGGAUGUUAUGUCACUCGCAAAGACAAUCUAGUUUAUAAGCGUUUGUUUGUCAGCACAGACGGUACAGGUAAUAAAAUGCCUUUAACUUAUAGUGAUGCAAUAAGGAUCCAAGAACCUAUCGGCUUUAUGUUUAUGACUACUUGACAAGCGUAUUUAUUAGUGUAGACGUCUCGCUUUGAAAACUUAUCUACCGUAGUGCCCACAAUGAGGAACUUUUUCUGGAUGCAAAACG